CUCUUGCAUUUUCUAUUAUGCACAAACUUUACUCUCUACAUGCAACUCAUCUAAGUAUAUUUUGUACUAUAUGAUUCAAUACUUAUACAAGAAAGACUGCAUUUACAUUUUAUAUAAUAUAAAUUGCCGAUAGUAAAGUCCCAAGUAGUUUUACUUAGAGUUUGCAAACGGGGAUUUGAGUGGGAUUUAAAUUUUUUUAAGAGUUAAUUAUUUUAAAUUUAGAUCGGUUUGGACCAAACAAAGUUGGGAGUUAAACAAUUUUGAAUCUUUUCAAAUUUAACUUUUAUAUAAUAAUCAUAAAAAGUAGAGAUAUGUAUAUAACACAAUUAAAAUUGCUUAUUACAUAGUAUAACUUUUAUAAACAUAAUCAAUAUCACUACAUGAAAAGUAAAGGUUAAAACCCAAUCCAAAUUAAGAGUAGUAUUUCUUUCAAUAAUAUAUUAUAUAUUAUUUAUUAUAUACAUGUGUAGUAAUAUCAUAAAUUAUACUUAACUAGUUGUACUAUUUAUUAGGCAAUAUUAUAUCUUUUACUAUAAUUUAUAAUUAUAUUCUAUUAAGUAAUACUAUAUCUUUUCUUUUACUAUAAUGUAUAAAUAGUGGUUAAGUAGCCACUAGCGUAGCGGCAAACGAUUUGUGUUGCUUAGGUCAUUGUUGACAUUAGGUUUGGAUUCAAACAUGGAUAAUUCCUUCUUAUUAUCCCUUGGUUAAAAUAAAUAGUUAUAUUAACAGUUAUACAAUAUAUUAUUAUAUUAUGUUACUAUAUCACAUCCAGCCAAACCGUUUUGAUUUUAUAAAAGGUUAAAUUCUUUAGCAGGUCCUUUUACUAUACGCUUUGGGAGUAAAUUAGUCCCCUAUUAUAAAAGCGAGAAAUUUAAUCCUUGGAUAAAAUUGUAAACAACAGUAAGUUUGAAGUAAAAAAGCAUUAUUGUUAUAACCCAACUAUUGGCUGAUUGCAUUGAAAAUUGAUAGGUACAAUGAUUUGAUCAAAAUUGAUAAAGAAUCCACUAAAAACUAAUUAAAAGAUCGUUCGAACCAAUUAGAAGCUAAUUUGAAUAUUUAAUUUUAUUGUUAUAAUUUAUACACAAAAUGUUUAUGUUUCAUUAUUAUAUUAAUGUGUUUAUUAAUUUUUUGAAAAUAUUAUCCUUUUAAUCUUUAUGAUUUUUUUAAAAGGAAAAUUCAUUAAUUCAUUUUAUGAAUGCGACCAUAUAACUUGGAGGGAAAUAAAAACUCAUUGUAGGCGGUGAAGAACAAAUUCCAUCAAUUCAACAAAGACUUUAGCCCCAACAUCAAUAGAACAUUAUGACACGUUGACAAUUAACUCUGCCAUAAUUUAAGCACAACAUAUCUAGAGUAAUUGUAAGUGGUGAGCAAAAGUCGACAAAAUAACCAAACAUCUACCAAACUAGAGAGGACAACAACAAAACCAUCCCUAAAAUUACUUGCCAAAAGUAAGACUAUAUGCAUAAGGAAACAUCCAAAAUUUAAGACUUAUUAAACAAUAAAAAAAACAUAUAAUACUUAACAUGAUUCCAAACUAAUAUUUGAAAUUAUUUAUUAUUUUGAAAUACUCUCAAAGUAAAAACAAAUUAAGAAGCCGACUAAGAGCCACCAUUUGAGUAUCUAUGACCAACCCACUUUCCAAGAGAAAUUGUUGGUGGCUGGUGGAGGUUCAACGACGACAGACACAAUCAUUUGGUAUCACCAUUGAAUAAAACAAAAUAGAAGAAACAAUCAACUCGAAGAAAAAAAAAUUAAGAUGAACUUUUAGAAUUUUAAAAUAACUGAAAAGAAAGUAAACAAUUUGGUCAGCGCACCCAAUAAUUUAGGUAUUUAUAAAAUCUUCAUCCGAAGCUUAACUUAAAAUUUGAAUUUUAUGCUCUGUAAUGUUGCUGUGAAAGUUGGAUUGGAUUCUCUGUGCUUGUAUAUAUAUUAGGAUUUAGGAGCUAUCCUUCCAACUUAAGCUAAUAAGGAACUCAAAACUGGUCUUUUAAUAAUUCCUUCUCCAUAAUGCAAGAAAAGAUUAUUCCUUGCCAGUCCCAGAUGAACUAAAGUAAGAUCUGACUGACAACCUUAAUUUAUUGUCCCAAAUCUCAUUCAUUUCAAUACCAAGCAAAGACACAAAGCUAGCGCAACUUCAUCUAAAGCACCCACAGAAACAAUUAAUAAUGCUUUUGUUGACAUGCUUUAUGUCUCAGUACCCGGUUCUUGAACCAUUGUUGUCCCCACAAUGCAUCAUUCACCAUCUACCUCCUAUUUGGUAAUGCUAAUUUCUUUUUUUCUGGCAUCAAAAUUUCUACUCUUCCCAGGAGUCGAAGGGACAAUUGGGGUCAACUAUGGCACCGUCGCUAGCAACCUCCCUCCACCAGCUCAAGUGGCGCAUUUCCUUGUAGAAUCCACCAUCAUCAGCCGCGUUCGGUUGUUUGACGCCGACUCCAACAUUCUAAAAGCCUUUGCCCACACCGGCAUUGCCAUCUCUGUAACUGUUCCAAAUGAUGAAAUUCCUCGCCUUACCAAACUGAAUUUUGCUCAACAAUGGGUGGAAAACAAUAUCCAACCUUACACACCGAACACAAAUAUCGUCCGUAUUUUAGUAGGCAAUGAAGUACUAUCAACAGCAAACAAAUUGUUGAUAGGAAGUGUAGUCCCUGCUAUGCAAAAUCUCCACUCUGCCCUUUUCGAAGCUUCAUUAGACCGUAGAAUCCAAGUCUCCACACCGCACUCUUUAGGCAUUAUCUCAAAUUCAAGCCCACCGUCGACCGCAAUGUUUCGACAAGGAUACGAUACUUAUGUACUUAAACCCUUGCUUAGCUUCCUUAGAGCUACAAAUUCACCUUUUAUGGUAAAUCCAUAUCCAUUUUUUGGUUGCUCACUUGAUACACUCGAUUUUGCCUUGUUUCGGCCUAAUGCUGGAGUGUUGGAUGAAAACACAGGGCAUGUUUACACAAAUAUGUUCGAUGCUCAGUUAGAUUCGGUCUUCUCGGCCAUGAAAUUCUUAGGAUUUGAUGAUGUCGAGAUUGUUAUAGCUGAAACCGGUUGGCCAUCAAUGGGGGACUCCACCCAAGUUGGUGUUGAUGCAAAGAGUGCAGCUGAGUACAACGGCAACUUGAUACGACACGUAAUAUCUGGUGCUGGCACACCACUAAUGCCCAACCGCACAUUUGAGACCUACAUUUUUGCGCUUUUCAAUGAGGAUCUCAAGGAAGGGCCAACAUGUGAGAGAAAUUUUGGGCUAUUCCACACAAAUAUGACACCCGUUUAUGACAACUGGAUCCUACGGCGCAUGACAGCUGCUGCUGCUGCCAAUUUUCACCCUGUUACGUGUUUGUUGGUCAUUACCAUUGGCUUUCUAGUUCUAGCAAUCAAUCAUCAUGGUGAAAUAUAAAUAUAAUCGUUAGAGGACAGUUAGAAAAUUUAAGUGCAAAUCUUGGAAAAUCGAGGCCCCUUUUCACAAAAUCAACACCGGAUCUGCAAAGAUACGUUGCAAUCAUGUUUGUAAACUUUUGGCGUCAAUCGUCCUAAAAUUUUCCUUUUUUCUGUCGGUUUUGGAUUUGAAACCAAUUUCUAAGUUUUUGUUAUUUAAUUAUUUCCUUCUCUUUCUAAUUUAAUUUAAGGGCUAAAUAUCAAUUUUAUCUAUAAACUUUUGUUUAAUAUACAAUUUAACAUAUGCAUUAUUGGACUUUGAUGGUGACUGACUUGACAACAGGGCUGAAAGUAUCAGUGUAGUCAAACCCUGUCACUUGAGAAAAACCCUUGCCAACUAAGCGAGUCUUGCA